GAAAAGCAGCUACACAAGAUGCUGAAAUGCCAUAGAGUAGAACUCCAAAGCCAACUGACACAGAGCAAGGAGACAACAGUGUCCUACCAAAGGCCAGGAGAACUUAUUGGAGAUGGCUGGAUCUGAAAGACCAGAAGGAAGGGAUUAUGGGCACCUCCACUCAAACCUGUGAGCCAACGAAGAACAACAUGGAGAGAUGAGUUGAAAUUUAACUAUUUGUUUGGCUUUUUAGAAAAAGAAAAAAAAAGGGGGUGUCUCUCAGUGAGAUCAGAAUACUUCAUAAGCAGGACUGGAGGUCGCUGGUGGUUUUAAACACUACUCUUCGUAGCACCUUAUUUCGGGUCUGAGUGGUCCGAGAGCUUGUCCCUUUGGCCAAAGCACUGGUGCCAGUCCAGCAUGAAGAUCAUGAACCUGGCACGUUGGAGCAAGCAUCUGAAAAGGCUCUGGGGGCAGAACCCAACAGCCAGAAGACCCUGCAGCUUGGCUGCCUGUGCCAUUACAAACAGAUAUGCUUCUUUGCAUCCCCUCUGGCAAAGCCCGCUCACCAUUCCAGGAGGCAGCCGGCAGUCCCCGAUCAACAUCCAGUGGAGCGACAGCCUUUUUGACCCCCGCCUGGAGCACCUUGAAAUACGCUAUGAUCCCGCCACUUGCCUCCACAUGUGGAACAACGGGUACUCCUUCCUGGUGGAGUUUGAGGAUUCCACGGACAAAUCAAUUAUCACAGGUGGCCCCUUGGAGAACAACUACCGGCUGAAGCAGUUCCAUUUUCACUGGGGGGCCGUCAGUGAGUGGGGCUCUGAGCACACAGUGGAUUGCAAGGUCUUCCCAGCAGAGCUGCAUUUGGUACACUGGAAUUCUUGCAGAUACGGCAGUUUUGAAGAAGCAUUGAUGGAGGAGAAUGGGUUGGCUGUCAUUGGAGUCUUUUUGAAGCUUGGGGCUCACCACAGUGGCCUACAGAAGUUAGUUGAUGCAUUGCCGUUAAUUAAACACAAGGAUGCUAUUGUUGAGCUGGAGGACUUUGACCCGUCCUGCUUGCUGCCGUCGUGUCCCGAUUAUUGGACUUACUCUGGAUCUCUGACCACCCCACCGCUCUCAGAGUCUGUCACAUGGAUCAUCAAGAAGAAGCCAGUUGAGGUCGAUGAAGACCAGCUGGAGGUGUUUCGGAUGUUGCUUUUCACACCAGCGGGAGAGGAAGAGAAGAGGAUGGUGGACAACUUCCGACCCCUUCAGCCAAUCAUGGAUCGUACCGUCCGCUCGUCUUUUCCAACUAAUCACCGGCUGAAGGUUCUGCCCAGAUGCGAGGAAGACAUUGACCGGGCCCACAAUCAAGCCACCCAUCAGGAUACGGCACAUCUUUAGACAGGAAACCACAAAUCAAAAUGUAACUCGCAUUUCAUAUUUACCUUAGUGUAUCUCUAGAUGCGUAACGUUGGAGGAGGCAUCUGGUCCUUUUUUCCCUCCUUUCUAACAAUCUGUCUUUCUGCAGCAGAAGAAUGUCCUUUCCCGAAACCUUUCCGGCCAGUGAGAAUUCCCAGGCUGGUCCACCAUCCAAAACUCCUCUGUGGCCCCUUUUUGGUGUCCCCUCUCGUCUGCAGGCUGAGCAGCCCCAAAAGGAAAACCCACAGUGGGACAAAGCUGAAGCUCUGGGCAAACAAAACACCUAGGCCUUAAGAGAAUGCUUAGUCCCAGGUCAAGUACUGUAUACCCACCAAAACCAUAGGGAUGUGGUAGAUUCACACUUUUGUAAAUUCUUUUGAUUCAGUGGGUUUACUCUACUUGGUGGGACUCUCUAGAUAUUAGCUUUUUUUCAGCGGAGCACUCUGUUCCAAUCCUGUCUACCUCUGGAAUGCAUCAGCUGUCGCAUUAUCAAGUUUUGUAUUUUUUACUGGAUGACUGAAUCCAGUAAUAAGUCACAAUUAGAUUAGUCCCAUUGAAACAAUGGGGAUUUGACCAUUCAACUCCUUUGUAAGUUCCACUGAUUCAGUGGGCCGCCGCUAGUUGCAACUUAACUACAUUUUUGCCACUCUUUUAUAGAAAGGAGACAUGGCUUAGCUGUAAUAGAGUAAAAAUAGCCUUAUUCCAUAAAGCAGUGGAGUGAGUAAGUUCAAGACUAUAUUUCUAAGCACACUUACUUGGAAGAAAGUUCCAUUCAACUCAGUGGAACUGACUUCAUGUAAAUAUAUAUAUGUACGUGCUUGCAGCAUAUAUAUUUACUUUUGCGGCUGAGGCUCUUAUACAUAUAUUUUAUCAAGAGGUUCCUUUGUUUUCAGCCAGUAGACUGAUCUCAAGACACAACAGAACCACAUGUGUAAACAAAAUUGUCAGUACAAAUGGAACAGAGGCAACAUGCUGCAGCUUAGAAGUCACUUCUGCUAUGGCGCUCCUGUGGUCUGGCGUGUGCUGGAACAAAGCCUCAGCUUUCUGCGCAGUUCAGAUUUUCUCAACCAUUACAGAACAGUAUUGAGGAGUUCUCUGUUACAGUUUUAGCAUUUAAGCCUCAGCAACCAUGUUCAUUUUUGAAGGUGGUGCUUAAACAACAGGGUAAGCAGUUAUGUAGCCAUUGCAUUGGCUGUUCUUUAAGCCGGAACCCUUUUUGGUGGCAUAAUUUACUGUCAUAAUUUGUGUUCAUGUUUCUGCAGUCUUCUCAUUCUUGUGCUCUACCCUAGGUAACAGAUUUCAGUUCACUUCCAUCCAGUCAGUGGAUAGAACAAGGCUUGUUUUCGGCAAGGGUAUAGACUGAUGGACCUUUCUGCCAAAUAUAACUCAAGCUUGGCAGAAAUUAGAAUAUGGCCAAGGCUGUGCAGAUAUCCUCAGACUGAUUUAUUUUAGGAGGGUGUGUAGAGAGGGCAGCAGAGUUUGCUUGCUUGCUUGCUUGCUGGACAGUUUUGUCACUUAGGGAAGGCAGUUGCUGCCUUUCCACCUGUGGUGGUGACAAGCGAUGCCCCCAGCUGGCAUUGACGUGGCUUUCAGGAAACUGGAUUGGUGCCCAGACUUUUAAGUUGUCUUCGUGAUUUAUGUUAAUGAGAGAGAAGUUGAUUUCUCUACCGUUUCUUCUGUUUCUAUAUUCAAAGUAAUCUGAUUUAUCCUGAGAUUAGUAUAAUAGGGGAAUGAUGGGAUUCUUGUAGGGUUGAUCUGUGUUUCCCCAUUCCACCUCCCACCUCAGCUUAGCGUACCAAGCAAAAAGAAUGUAUAAACUCUUACGUUUCCAACUUUCAAAGCAUGUUUUUAAGGUAAUGAGUCAGUUAAGCAGAACAUGUAUCUGUGAACCUUUUCUUCUGUUGCCCAAAGUUACUUCAGUUUUAUCCUCUCUUUGAAAGGAACUGGGAGGGAAAAUGAACAGUUUCAUUGUACAGAGAGUGUCUCGAACUAGAUAAAAACGCCACUGGGAUGGAAGAACAAUUGCGGACUGUGUUGCGGCAUUCCCUGAAGAACAAUGUUAACGGUUCAUUAUGCUCUUGGACCGCAUGAAUCAUGGACUCCAAAAGCAAAUUGUGUUUUGAAGACCAUUGUGUUUGUCUCUUCGCUUCAGCAGUGACCAUAAAGGAAAACCAAGCAAACUGUU